ACAAUGUGACCAGCUGUGUAAAAGCAUUUCUUCUGCUGCUACACCUCAGAUGUUCUGAAACCAAGUGCUCCAUUGUGGACAUACUAGUAUUGCAAAUAUUGUUUUGGAUGUUAUGGAUAAACAGGGUACUGGUUCUGACAUCGAAUGGCCACCAAAAUUUUGGGACAAGAUAAUAAUAUCCUUCUCAGUUUCCAUGGCAAUUGGACUCGUGAUUGGAGGGAUAAUCUGGGCGUUGUUUACUUGCUUGUCCCGUCGCAGAGCCAGUGCCCACAUUUCACAGUGGAGCCCCUCAACUUCUACCCGCCGUUCCAGACCUCCUUCUCAUGGUCCGGCUGCCAACAGGCCUGGAUUCUACCGCAACAGCAGCUGUGAACGUCGCAGCAACCUCAGCCUGGCCAGUCUCACCUUCCAAAGGCAAGCCUCCCAGGAGCAAGCCAACUCCUUCCCAAGAAAAUCAAGCUUUCGAGCCUCCACUUUCCAUCCCUUUUUGCAAUGUCCUCCGCUCCCUGUGGAAACUAACAGUCAGCUGAUUACUCUGACUCCCACUAGCACCACCACUACAGUUGCAGGAAGCACCACCAACAGCUUAAGUCAACCUGAAUUCCACUGGUCUAGCAACAGUCUCCGCAUCUGCCAUUCAACACAAACCCCUCCUCCUGCCUAUGAGACCAUCAUAAAAGCUUUCCCAGACUCUUGAAUUGGACUUUUGUUCUAAAUACUUAGAUAUGGGUAUGCAUACAUAUCUUAGAAAGAACCUCCACCACCCAAGACAGAUUUUCUGUGUGCUCAGAGGACAUUGGUGAACCCUUCCUGUUGCUGUAGUAUGCUGCAAAAAGGACAUACAUUGCUGAGAUGCAGGUGACACUGAUUCAUUAAACAAGAUGCAGUAUUCUGUUGCCUCAACAAACCUUCUUCUCCAAGUUACUGCUCUGCAGUGUAGAUGUGUAUUUAUAUUAUCCUUUGAAUUAGUAACAGCUGUAGGGCUUCUAAUGUAGAGGGAAAAUCUUCUAUACUUUAAGAAACUGGUGACUAAUAGAAGAAAUGAGCCAGGUUAAGAGUACUUUGUUGCUACCCAUUCAUUAAUUUCCUUCCAAGUUCACUCUUUGUCUUUGUGUUUGGGUUGUUUUGGGAGUCCUGUUUUUAAACAUUUUGUCUGUGAGUUUUAGAUUCUCAGGCCCGGUACAGCGUGAUCAGAUAUGAAUUGUGGCCAAAAAAGGUAAAGCAUUUAAAAAAUUGUGAAAAAGAGGUAUCUCUAACCAAGUAAAAAAUUAAUGACAAAUUAAUGAAUGAAUAAUAAACACUAUAUAGACACUAUAUUCUGUAAUCAGCAGAAUGAGUAGUUACAUUUUAUUACCGUAUAAGGCAACGAAGAGCAGAACCCUUGACAUUUCUCUCUCAGACUUGGUCAGCAAGAUAAACAGCAUGAAUGGCAACUAUUUUUAAUUAAGCUUCCUGAUUUGCUAUGGGAAUACUCAUUUCCGCUCUUUAAAUUGUAUUUCUCAUGCUGCGCAAAUGUUUCAUCCUUCCUGGAAUACUACUCAGUGAAACACUGUAUUUUGCUAAAGGGAAAUGGCUUAGACAACAAGGGUAAAAUUCUGAUUCUAUUAAUGUCAAUAUUAAAACUCUCAAGACUCAGAUUUCAACAUUUCUGUGUUUACUUAUACAACUGCUUUAGUAUGUAAAGAUAUGAAUAGGGUAUUUAGAAUAGAUUAAUGCAGGCUUUGACUUUCAGGAAGGUAGAGCAAUUACAACAGGUUUCCCAUGGGCAUAGAAGUGGCAGAUUCCACUGACAUGGGAGAACUUCAGGUUUUGGAGUAAGGGAGAAAGCACAAACUCAUUCAAUUUGUUCUAGGUCCUAAUAACUGCAAUGAGGGCUGUAUUAGUCCCAUAAUGAACAGUUUUAUGUUUGAAUGCUGGGAAGGGAGUUUCAACAUAAAGGGUGCCAACUGGAAGAACAACUCUGCUCAUUCCUGGAAUAUUAAUAAUUUUAGCUCCUGUGGAGAAUUGGGAAAAGAGUUAUUAGUUACAGUGGGCUUGAGUUAUUAGUUACAGGUCCUUAAUGAGAACCAGCAACUGCAGCUGUAGUCAAUGGGAACAACAGGCACUCAGCAAUUCUCAGGAGCAGGCAAGCUGCUUAUCAUCCAAGAUUCCUACGCUAUCAGUGGGUGUUGAGAGCACAUCACCUUGCAGUGCUUAACAUCUUUCAUGAGCGGGCCCUGAGUCACCAGUAUUGAUCUUUGCACUUUAGUUUCCAAGCCUACUGUUUUCUCUUUGCAAAUAUCACUACUAGUUCUAAACAACCUUCCCAACUUUUUUAAAGGAAAAAUAUUUUGCAUUCAGUAUACUGUCUGCCUUUUUUAAUGUGCACCUUUUUUCCUUUAUAAAAUUAAAUUUGAUUGCGAGAAAUACAUAUCAUUCAUAAAGUUUGUAUCCAGUGUUUUGCUGCAGAAAGUAUGGAUUCUAAUAAACUAAGGGCCACUAAUGGUUCUGACUUCAGUCAGAAGAAGGCUUCUGCUAUUGUAUUAGACAUUUCAUUGUUUAAAAUGUUUCUGGGUAGGCUUCACUGCACCCCAAAUACAUCUGCACAGUGUCUAACGUCCCUCUGAAAGGUAAUACCACCUGUUGUAAUGUCUAUGAUACAAUAAAGUCUAUUUCUGUUCUGCUGGUAAUUCAUUUCAGCGGACUAUUCAUAUGAGAAGUGAGAGGAGGAUAUGGUCCACAGUAUGUAACCAAGUUAUUUCAAAGUGAUUGCUGCUUGCCAUUGAAAUAAUUACAAAAAAAAGUAAAUAUUUACUUAUGGUAGACAAAUACAAAAUUUGCAGUAUAACCAUAUAUUAUUUCUUGUAUUAAACUAUAGUUAGAAAGUAAUAUAGGAGGAAAGGCUAUAAUGUUCUGUAUUUUUUCCUUUAGAAAUCCAUACUGGCCACAAAAACUGUUUUAUUUCCCCUGGAUCACAGAAACUAGAACAUGAAUUCUUUGGUGCAUAACAAAUAUGGAUGUCAACUGCUUAACUAACAGCAUGAGCAAAAACUGAGAUUAAUAUUUUGUAAGCAUUGUGGAAACUUUGGAAUGUGAAAUAAAGGUAGAAACUAUAAUCUGUA